CUCCAAUGGAAGUCUGCUUGGCUGCGCACUUGAUCGAUGCGAUUCCCCGCCGUGCUGAAGGCAUGCCACUGCCACCUGCGCGACCCCACGUGUUUUAGCACUUGCCCCUUUUAGGCAGGGUAUUUACCGUCGCACAUCGAUUCAGCCUGACUCCCCAUGAAACCCCACCACACAACGCUUUAUCUAUAUACAGUGUUCGACCGCUCGGCAACGCGUGUCUUUCUAGCUCAGCAAUGUGAUAGCGCAUCCUAGCCACCAAAAUGUCGCCAUAUCAGCACCUCUUCUCCGCAAACGCCGUCCUCAACGUCUGGCGCAACCUGCGCAACACACGCGACCAGAAUGACCUCCUCCUCACCUUCCAGUACCACCCAGACGACGUGCGCGGAGCGAAGAACGGAAAGUUCGGAAAGGGCAAUGCCGUCGAAACCACGACCGAGGACGUGGGUCGCCGACGUGCCGUGGACGGAGGAGGGGCCGUGGAUGGGAGGAGCAUAGGCUUCGUGGUGCCAUGGCGAAGCAUGCAGGCACAGAAGCGGGAGCUGAGGGAGAAAGAAAAGGAGCUGGCGGAGGCACUGGUGGUGCUCGCAGGAGAGGUGGCUUUUACCGAUCUCCCGCCUGCCCUCCAGUCCUCCCUCACGCAGAACCCGCUCAUCCAGGUCCGCCACCUUGCGGCCGGCAUAUCGCGCCAAAUGUCCAAAAUCGAGCUUCAGAUGGCGGACAACGCGCCUUUCGCUCAAGGCAAGAAUCUAUACACUGGUGGAGAGAUAAUACGCAGAUUCCUGCCUCCGAUACAGACCCUCUUCGAACAGAGACCGGUCCCACAAAGGAUGAUUUUCGAGCUCUUGAUGGAGCUGAAGGACCUGGUGUAUGCCGGGAUGGUCGGCUGCGAGAAGGAGGUACUGGAGUGGGAACUCAACAACUUCUCGUCCUUCGAGGAUCUCGACGAAUGCAUAGUCCGCGCCAUAACACCCGUAUCCUCGGGACCAUCACAAGACAAGGAACCAAACACCGGUAGGAGGCUCCUCAAACGGAAACCCUCCUCGCUUCUUCAACAGCCGCCCCCACCAAGACACUGGCUCCACGACGAACAGGAAACCCUCUAUCACCUCGAAUCCCUCGAAACUACUGCGGCGGCUAUGACGCAUCUCGGCAUCCCCGUCACCGACUUCGUCGCCAAAUCGGUCAUUACGCUGCGGCGCACGCUUCCUCGGCAAAUCUUGAAUGAUUUCGCCAUACAAAAGAAGAGAAGGAUAGGGACGUGUGCCGAGUAUGCGAAGUGCAUGAAGUGGGCGGGGACGAGCUGGACGCAAGGAGGAGGUUGUAGGAGGGGAUGUCAGAAUGAGGAUGAGGAUCCAGAGGGAUUGCCAAGUUGGCAUAGCAGUAGUCGGUGGUUUGACGAGCGGGGGACGCACAUGGUGGGUGGAGGCAAGAGGGACGACGAGAGUAGAGCUGGAGUGAUGAGGUUGGGCGAGACGUAAGGCGAAUUCUCUUUUUUUGGAUACGCUGGAUAUGGCUAGAUUGGAAGGCACUCCAGCUGGACGAUGUCAACGAGCAUCGCGGGUCUCCUUUCUGGGCGGGGCAAAGGCGUCAUAGGAGUUUGGGGUACGGGAGGGUGGAAUGUUGGCCAGAG